AUGCCGGUGGCUCACCUCACAGCAGCGAGACUGACACCAAGCAACAAUGGCAGGAGUGGUAUCUGCGAGGUGUGUCUGGGGCGGCUGCGGGAGGCGUGCCACUUCAAGAUGCAGGUGCAGCAGUGCCAGGCCGAGCUGCAGGAGAGGUUAGAGGGAGGACUGAGGGUCAAAGACGAGGAAGACUUGGUUGAACCACCUGAAGAUGGCGCGUGCAGCGAGCCUUCCGAGCCGCCUCUACUGUCUUCAGCCGGCGAGUACGGAGUUAGCUCGGCGCCUCUGUCCCUGCGCUGUAGGCAGCAGCUCGCGCUGGCGUGCUCCGUGAGGCUCGAGCGCCUCCGCCACUCCCCGCGCGCGAGCCAGCCGUGGCCCCCGAGCCCAGCCAGCAGUGUGCAGGACGUGACGUCACACCGCGAGCCGAGCCCCGCCAGCAGUGUACAGGACGUGACAUCACACCGCGAGCCGAGCCCCGCCAGCAGUGUGCAGGACGUGACGUCAUACCGCGAGCCGAGCCCAGCCAACAGUGUGCAGGACGUGACGUCACACCGCGAGCCGAGCCCCGCCAGCAGUGUGCAGGACGUGACGUCACACCGCGUGCCGAGCCCCGCCAACAGUGUGCAGGACGUGACGUCACACCGCGAGCCGAGCCCCGCCAACAGUGUGCAGGACGUGACGUCACACCGCGAGCCGAGCUCCGCCAGCAGUGUGCAGGACGUGCCCGCUUACACACCCGCCGAGGAACAAGCCCAAACACACGAUACUCGCCCUACACACACCACACACAGCUCUAGUUUAAUCACACAUCAACAACACCAUAUCGCACCACAAACGAAUAAGAAGACCUACUAUUGCGAUAUGUGUAGUCAGCAAUUUACGUCUAAACUUACUUUAAUCCGACAUAUCGGAACACAUAAACUGCUGGAACCUUAUCCAUGCGGAGUUUGUAAAGAAACAUUUGCAAAUAGAUUAACAUUGGAUAAGCAUUUAAGAUUUCACUCUGCAGAGACACCGCACGUGUGUGACGUAUGCAACAAGCUAUUUGCAACAAGAACCUCUUUAAAUCAACAUAGAAAAAUUCACACUCUAGGGAAACCAUACAAAUGUAAAGAAUGUAACAAGCAAUUUAGAAGAAAAUAUCAUUUAGAGACCCACAAAAGAGUCCAUAGUGGCGUGAAACCAUACAAAUGUAAAGAAUGUAACAAGCAAUUCAAAGGAAGAGAUGGUUUAAAAUACCACGAAAGAGUCCAUAGUGGCGUGAAACCAUACAAAUGUAAAAAAUGUAACAAGGAAUUCACACAAAAAAAUCAUUUAGUUAUCCACGAAAGAGUCCAUAGUGGCGUGAAACCAUACAAAUGUAAUGAAUGUAACAAAGAAUUCACACAAAAAUAUUAUUUAGUUAUCCAUGAAAGAAUCCAUAGUGGAAUAAAACCAUACAAAUGUAAAGAAUGUAACAAGCAAUUUACAAGAAAAGAUCAUUUAAAGUACCACGAAAGAGUCCAUAGUGGCGUGAAACCAUACAAAUGUAAAGAAUGUAACAAAGAAUUUAUACUAAAAAAUUAUUUAGUUAUCCACGAAAGAAUCCAUAGUGGAAUAAAACCAUACAAAUGUAAUGAAUGUGACAAAGAAUUCACACAAAAAUAUCAUUUAGUUAUCCAUGAAAGAAUCCAUAGUGGAAUGAAACCAUUCAAAUGUAAAGAAUGUAACAAGCAAUUUACAAGAAAAGAUCAUUUAAAUAUCCACAAAAGAUUCCAUAGUGACGUGAAACCAUACAAAUGUAAUGAACGUAACCAGCAAUUAAGUCAAGAAUAUAGUUUAGAGACACAUAAAAUGAGUCACAUCGGAGAGAAGCCGUAUAGAUGUGAAGAAUGUAACAACCACUUUACAUUAAAAUCUGAAUUAGAGAGACAUAAAAAAAUACAUACCGAUGAACAAUCAUACGAAUGCGAAAUAUGUGAAACACUUUUUUUUGAUGAAAUAAGUUUAAUGAAACAUUUUGAAACACAUAUAUCCAGGAUACCAUAACUUUGUUGUUUCUUAAAAUGGUUUAGAAUAGAAUAGAAUAUCGUUUAUUGCACCAUGGUAAAAACAAGUUGUUACAAAAUAAUGGUAUCUCAUGGACCCUAAUAGGGUAUGGCAAACAUUUCCUUAAUAUAAGUAGGUACAUAUUAAGAACAAAUCAAAACUACAAACUAGCUUUAUAAUUUUAGGAGAUCAAAACUUACUUAUUUACUAUUAACUAAAUUAUUUAACAAAACUGUCAGUGAGAAAAUCAGUUACUGAAUAAUAUGCUUUUUCAGCAAGGAACGAUUUCAACUUCUUUGUAUACGAAGUGUCACUUUCCUCUGAUUUUAAAUAAUUUGGGAGGUGAUUAUAAUAUUUUACUGCCGCAUAAUGAGGGCUUUUGCGGUAUAUUUCUAAUUUUGGCUGGGGUAAU